UUUCAUUCAUUCAACUAAAUUUUACAAGUUCAGGUGUACAUACAGUUUACAAACUACAAAGUACAGAAAGUCGAGAGUUAUCUAGUUUGUUCUAGCAAAAUAGCAUUUGAAGGUUCAUCAUGAAAACUAAACACGAUGCAGCUUCUGCUUCUGCUUCUCCUUCUCCUUCUUCCCCUUUUCCUUCGAUGGAAGAGAAGUCUUCGAAAUCAGUUUUGGGAAGCUUACGUCGCAAACUAUCUUCAAGAAAGACGGAUAAACGUGCUCUUUCAUUAACUGAUUCCGAGACGAGCAAAUACUGCAGCGAGCUUCAAAGGGUCUUCGAGUACUUUGACGAGGAUGGGGAUGGUAAAAUAUCUCCUGCCGAGUUGCAAACCUGCGUGAGCACCGUGGGGGGGAAUAUGUCCAUGGAUGAGGCAGAAGCAGCAGUGACUUCGUCUGAUUUGAACGGGGAUGGGCAGCUGGACUUCGAGGAAUUCCAGAAGCUAAUGGAGGCAAGCGGAGAAGAGGAGAAGAACGACAUGCUUAAAGGGGCUUUCGCCAUUUAUGACAUGGAAGGGUCCGGGUGCAUCACUCCCACGAGCUUGAAAAGGAUGCUAAGCCGACUUGGUGACUCCAAGUCCGUUGACGAUUGCAAAACUAUGAUCCGAAAGUUUGAUCUCAAUGGCGACGGUGUUCUCAACUUUGAAGAGUUCAGAAUUAUGAUGCGCUAAAUCCAACCUCGUCGAUCUUGAUCAGCAAGAAUAUUUUAUUUUUCCUUUUGACUGUUUUCAUUUCAUUCAUUCUUUUGUACACAUUUGUCGAUGCCUCCGGACUUCCUCUCGGUCUUGUAAAAUAAUCUGCUCAUGUUGGUUUGAAUUCGUUAAUGAAAUGUGUGAUCAUCAGUACCGUUUCUUUA